AUGGCAGAAAGUGCGCAGCAAGCGAUCGUGCUACCGGGGCAGAAGCUGCUGGACGAUCGGUCGCAGGCGGCGGUGUCACAGAGGGGCCACACGCUGCCGGAGCUGCUCGCCCAGUCCGGCCACUACAGCGACAAGGUUCGGCAAGAGUCACUCGUUCGCCUGCGCGAGCUGCUGGCAGCCAAUCCCGACGAGCUGAGGCGCCACGCUGGCACCGUCCUUGCCAAGCUGGCGCCACGCAUUGCUGACGUGGACAAGAAGACGAGAGACUCCCUCCUGCUGCUGAUGCGCACCGUGCUCUUCCCGACCAUGCAGCCCGAGGUGGUGGCGCAUUUCACGGACAUGCUGGCCCUCGCCUCGCCCUCUGCGCGCUCCUUCCCCGCCCUCGCCUCCACCCUCUCCGCCCUCACCUCCUUCCUCUCCACCGCCUUCCCCCACUCCUCUCUCCCCUCCUCCUCCUCCCCCACCACCGCCGUUGCUCCAUCCCCCUCCCCUCUCACCUCUCCGCCCUCCCUCAACCCCCCUGGCUCCGCCCUGCCUCUCCCCGCCUCCCCCUUCACGCGCCCACUCCCCACUCUCUCCGCCCCCUCCCCCCCUGCCACCUCUGCGUCCGCCCCCGCCCCCCCCCUCCACCUGCGGGGAGUACAGCUGGCGCCUGGGCGUGCGCCUGCAGCGCGCCCCUCUGCUCUCCGCCCUCACCCCCGGUGGGAGGGGCGCGGUGAGGGGAGACGCGCGGAGGAGGUUGCUGGAAGGGAGCAGAUUCGUGAUUCGGAUGAGCGGGGGGCGAGGGGAGGGUGGGGGAAAGGGAGGGGGGGAGGAGGGAACGAGGGAAGCAAAAGGAAGAAUGGUGAACGAGAGGGCGAGCGGGGGAGGGGAGAAGGGGGCGACGGUGAGGAAUCAGAGGCGGUUGGGGACGAGGAGGGGGAAGAGGCGGAGGAAGAGGAGCAGGAGGAGGCGAGGGAGGAGGCGUGGGUGGGACGGCUGUACGAGUUCAUGCAAGGCGCGAUGGAGGGCAAGGUGAGGGGCCCUGCAUGGUGUUUCAGGACAAAGGGAGCUGCAAAGGGUUCUCUGUUCUGUUCGCGGAAACCCUUCUCCCCGCCUUCCCUCUCCCCGCCUUCCCUCUUCCCCCCUUCCCUCUCCCCGCCUUCCCUCUCCCCGCCUUCCCUCUCCCCGCCUUCCCUCUCCCCCCCUUCCCUCUCCCCGCCUCUUUCUUCCCUCAAAGCCCUUUCCUUUCCAUGCCUCCACAUCUUCCCUUCCCUUGCCUUUCCACCCAGCUCCUUCCCGCUCCAACUGCUGCGCCAAUCCUGUCGCGACACAUCAACUGCUCUGGGACAUUGGGGCCUCACAUCCUGCCACGUCACUGACGGUGCUGCGCCUCUUCUUCCGCAUCGCCUCCAUCUCACCCCCAUCCGAUUCCUCCUCCUCCACCGUGCCAUCACCAUCAUCUCCCUCGCCGUCUGCUGCAUCGCCUCCCUCUCCUUGCACUCACACUCGUUAGAGUCGCAAACACAGCAACAGCAGCACGAGAGGCAAGGCGACCGGCAGAACGCAUCUGAACCAGCAGCGGGGCCACGUGGCAUGCGGUGGUUGGCGGGGAGGGCAGUGGAGGUGGUGGGGGCGGCGCACAGGAGGGGCGCAGUGGGCCUGGCGGAGUACCUUGGCUUCCUGGUCUCGCUGCUGCUCUCCCGCACGCGCGCCCACUCCCACCCCGACAUCACCGCCGCGUUCCACGGGCGAGUGAGGCGGCACGAGGAGGCGGAGAGGCAGCACCACCAGCGCCACUCCUCCCACACGGGCCAUGCAAAGUCCAAGGGGGAAGUGAAUGCUUCUCCACCGUGGGAUCUUCCUCGGAGCAAAUCAGAGGGGUCGAGACGGUUCCUGGAAGAUUCUUCGGGGUUGUGUCGCGAGAUAUGGGAGCGCGAGCCAGCUGUUGGAGCAGUGUGUGCGGCGCUGGUGCAUGUGCCCGUGGGGGGUGGAGUGGGGGUGCCGCUGCCGUGCGCCGUGCUGGGUGUGGGGCUGCUGCUUCCAUUCCAUGUGCACGCAUCUGCUGUGGCCGCCACUGCACGCCCCCGUCCCAUGCGCCCCCGUCCCAUGCGCCCCCGUCCCAUGCGCCCCCUUCCCAUGCGCCCCCUUCCCAUGCGCCCCCUUCCCAUGCGCCCCCUUCCCAUGCGCCCCCUUCCCAUGCGCCCCCUUCCCAUGCGCCCCCUUCCCAUGCGCCCCCUUCCCAUGCGCCCCCUUCCCAUGCGCCCCCUUCCCAUGCGCCCCCUUCCCAUGCGCCCCCUUCCCAUGCGCCCCCUUCCCAUGCGCCCCCUUCCCAUGCGCCCCCUUCCCAUGCGCCCCCUUCCCAUGCGCCCCCUUCCCAUGCGCCCCCUUCCCAUGCGCCCCCUUCCCAUGCGCCCCCUUCCCAUGCGCCCCCUUCCCAUGCGCCCCCUUCCCAUGCGCCCCCUUCCCAUGCGCCCCCUUCCCAUGCGCCCCCUUCCCAUGCGCCCCCUUCCCAUGCGCCCCCUUCCCAUGCGCCCCCUUCCCAUGCGCCCCCUUCCCAUGCGCCCUCUUCCCAUGCGCCCCCUUCCCAUGCGCCCCCUUCCCAUGCGCCCUCUUCCCAUGCGCCCCCUUCCCAUGCGCCCUCUUCCCAUGCGCCCCCUUCCCAUGCGCCCUCUUCCCAUGCGCCCCCUUCCCAUGCGCCCCCUUCCCAUGCGCCCCCUUCCCAUGCGCCCCCUUCCCAUGCGCCCCCUUCCCAUGAGCCCCCUUCCCAUGAGCCCCCUUCCCAUGCGCCCCCUUCCCAUGCGCCCCCUUCCCAUGCGCCCCCUUCCCAUGCGCCCCCUUCCCAUGCGCCCCCUUCCCAUGCCUUGCCUUCCCAUGCGCCCCCUUCCCAUGCCUUGCCUUCCCAUGCGCCCCCUUCCCAUGCCUUGCCUUCCCAUGCCUUGCCUUCCCAUGCCUUGCCUUCCCAUGCCUUGCCUUCCCAUGCCUUGCCUUCCCAUGCCUUGCCUUCCCAUGCCUUGCCUUCCCAUGCCUUGCCUUCCCAUGCCUUGCCUUCCCAUGCCUUGCCUUCCCAUGCCUUGCCUUCCCAUGCCUUGCCUUCCCAUGCCUUGCCUUCCCUUGCCCCUCCACCGCCCCUCCACCGCCGCUCCACCGCCCCUCCACCGCCCCUGCAGCGAGCACGUCCUCCUGUGCCCAUGUGCUCCGCCACUGUGGCCUGCCCAUUGCACUGCACCAGUCAUUCCAACGCGGGGCCCUGUCUCUCUCACUCGCCCCUUCUCUCACUCGCCCCUUCUCUCACUCGCCCCUUCUCUCACUCGCCCCUUCUCUCACUCGCCCCUUCUCUCACUCGCCCCUUCUCUCACUCGCCCCUUCUCUCACUCGCCCCUUCUCUUACGCCCCUUCUCUCACGCCCCUUCUCUCACGCCCCUUCUCUCACGCCCCUGCGCCUCGCUUCCCACCCAACGCCAUUCCAAAGUGACCCGUCCACCAGCUUUGAAGAGCCUCCACCGUUUCAUUGUCCCACAUCCUAUCACCUACCCUCCACUCACAUUGAUUCCAUCCCCAUCCCCAUCCUUCCCUCCCCUCCUUCCGGCCCCUCCAACCCUUCUCCCUCGUCCCCCUCUUUCCCCUCCCUCCCACGCCUUGUUCCCCACACAGAGCGACCCCUCCACUACCCCGCCAUGCCUCUACGGCAACUUCCUCUCAGCCACAGCAGCAGCACACAGCAUUGGGGAGUGUGAAGAAAGGGAACAGCCUUCGGCAUCAGCAUCAGCAUCAGCAUUGGCAUGUGCGCCGUCGCAAGCACGCGGGUCAACACAAGGCCAGGCGACCACGUGUGUGCCGCCGUGCCUCUCAGCGCUGCUGCCAGCCAGCCUUGCUCGCUUGUGCUGCCGCCUGCUUCAGGAGCACCUUUCCACACUCUCCACCUCAGCCCCUUCACCAGCGCCCACAAGGGCAUCUCUGCUGCGCGCGUGCCCCUGGCUGGUGCCCGCCCUGCGCUUGCUCGCCCUGCACCCCUUCCUGCUCGCGCCCUUCCUCCACCUCCUCCUCCUGCCCACCGAGAAGCAAGAGCAGGGCGCAGGGGCAGGGGCCGGAAAGGCAGGGAGCGCAGGGGCAGGAAACACAGGAGCAGAGGGCGCAGGAGCAGAGGGCACAGGGGCAGAGGGCGGAGGGGCAGAGGGCAGAGGAGCAGAGGGCACGGGAGCAGGGGUGCAGGCGAGAGCGGGUGUGGUAUGUGUGGCGGUGCUGUGGGGCCCGUUGGAGCGACCGUUGUUGCUGCUUGGGGCAACAGAUAGGCAGCUACUCACUGCUGGCCUGGCAGGGUUGAUGCAUGAGGUGCAGGCAGCAGCAGGGGGCGGCUCCUCUGUGGGGUGGUGUGAGGCGCUGCUCUCCCAGGCACGCUCGCGCCUUGCCCUGCUCUACGGCUGCUGCUGA